UAGAGUCACGCCCAUCUCUUUCACCGCUCGAGAUCAAAACAAUCUCCGCAUGUUCGCUUCCAAAACAAUUCAUUUAUGUUGUGUACGUGCAUGCCGUGCGUUAGACUUUUGCAGAUAGUUAUUACAUUUCUCGGAUGAGUUAGAACUGGAAGAUUAAUUUGUGAGAUUUAUUCCUUCAGAAGGAGUUUGCUGGUGUAAUCAUGCUCUCAAAUCCUAAGCGAACACCGAAGCGAUCCAUUAUCGGUACACUUGCCAGCGCCAUGUAUUCGGAUGGAAUCUUUUACCCCGUGUUGAUACGAGGCAUCAAGGCCCGAACACCGACCGGCGAAUUCGUGUACGAGGUCGUUCGGGAAGACGGUGUCGCGAUGGACUGCCAAGCGGACACGAUGGUUGGCCCGGGAUUCUUACCAGUUUCUCAUACUCAUCUCAAAUUCAACCAGCCCGUGUACACAAACCUUGAUGGCCGUGAAGUAAAAGCCAUUGUCCAGAAGCAUCGGAAGCAGACGAACGAGGUUUUGCUCAAAAGUGCCGAUGCCUCCGAGACGAAUUUCAAGAGGAAACUCGACGACGUCCGACUUUUGGAAAGUCGCAAGAUUGUUAAACUCACCGACCAUCACCAUAAUCAUCACCUCACAGACUCUAACAGGCAUGACAGGCUCGGUGAAAUAUGCCCAGAACCAAAGAAGCGACCCGUAUCAACCACCAUUGAAGUUCCAAGUCCAAGUGCCAAAACGCAGAAGACCCAUGAGGCUGAGCCACCGAUGGAUGACGUGAUGGCAGCCAUGGUGUUAACUAGUCUCUUUGGUAGUCCUAAAGUUGACAGAGAGAGGAAUCCUUCAGGUGACAGUGUAUUGAGUGGAGGAGGUCCAAUGUCCCCAGCUAGUUCCUUCAGCUCCGGUAUAUCACCGAGUCCAUCCCCGUCAAUCAAUGCUCACUUCACGUGGGACCUAUCGAGAAGUACGCCAAGCCCUUCAUCCUCAAAUAAUAGUGAUAUGGAAAGCAUGCCGUGCCCUCCUUUCAAUACCGCCCAGGGUUCUAUCCCAUCAUCCUCGGCUCUGUUCAGCUCGUCGGUUGACGAAGGAAUUGACAUCAGUGGCGGGGGAUUGCCCUUCUCAAUGGAAGACAAUCUCCACAGUGACAGUCCUACCAAAAAAUUCAAGCCAUCUGUGAAGACGUCCUACAAAUGUACCUGGCAGGGAUGCGGAAAAACACUCUCUACUGUCCAAGGCAUUGAGAGACACAUCAGGACUAUUCACCUCAGGAAAAAGGAAGGGGAGGAAUACAGUGAUCACGAAGAGGAAUUUUACUACACCGAGAUUGAUACUACAGUUGAAUCUGUUUCCGAUACCCUUGCGAACAUGUUCACGUCAUCACCACCUCCAUCCGCCGGUUUCGUCCUUGAUCAGAGCCGCCUACCACACCCUCAUUCUCAGAACGCCCACCCAAGUGUCCCUCAAGACAUCUCUCAAAAACCAAUGGAGGUGUCCUCUCCCUCUCCCAUCGUCUCCAAGAGAGGGCGACAUCUCUCAACGUCCAGUGACAUCGUUUCUUCUAGCGUCAUCGGUGACUCGACCAACCCACCUCUGGUUGGCUCGCUGCCCAACCAAGCAAUCGCCAUGAUUGCAUCUCCAGUGAGUAUUCCCAGCACCCAAGCUCCUUCGUUCUCUUGGUGCCCAGUCACGUCAUCUCCGACAUCAUUUAGCUUUCCCUCCUCAUGCUCCCCACCCUCCCAGCCAUCCACGGGGAACAGAGUCCGCCACAAGUCAGCCCCUCACAGCUCAGCUGGACAACCCAAGAUCAGAUCGGAGGGGAAGAAAUGCCGCAAGGUUUACGGUAUGGAGAACCGAGACAUGUGGUGUACCCAGUGCAGGUGGAAGAAAGCGUGCGUCAGGUUCACCUAGAUACAGUGUCCUCAAGACCCUUUCGAGUUCAAGUAGAUACCAUGUAAUGGGAUGUCCGGUUUUUCAAAGCAU